GACUGCCACUUAGCCCCCCUCACACCUCGGGUGUGAAUCUAGUCCAGUGAUUAUUUUUCUGUGCUUUCCCUCGCCUCUGCCGAACCCGUCGCUCCUCAUUUUCCCCCCUGCCGCCCCGCCGAUUCGUGUCGCGAUCGUGAUACCUCCGGCGCGGACACCGCCAUGUCGCAGGAGGAGCCUCAGGACCCGCCUCAAGGGGCGGCAACGGCAACGGCAACGGCAACGGCAACGGCAACGGCAACGCAGCACGGCGACGACGAGCCAUCGCCGUCCGCGGGCGAGCCAAGCGUCUCAUCCCCCCCAUCCGCGUCGACCGUGGACGCGUCCCUCUUAGCGGAGGAGCUUAGCGCGUCCACCCUAGCCGCGCUCCAGGAUUUCCUCUCCGCGCAGGCCGCGCAGCAGCAGCAGCAUGCGGCGCUCUGCGCGCAGGCGGCGGAAGCUGGCUCCGCGGAAGGAGGGUCCGUGGGCGCGGAUGGCGGAGCUGCGCGGAAUGGGGAAGACGCGGGAGGAGCCGGCGGAGGGGAUGGGGAGGGGGCAAGCGGGGGACAGGAAGCGGCGGAAGAUGCGCUAUUUGCGGAGGAUUGGGGUUUAAGCCAGUUUUGGUACGACGCGCACACUUCGGCGACUGUAGCGGCGGAAGUGGCGCGGCUGAUCGGCGGGGGGGCGGCUUGCGCGCGCGAUGAUGAGGGGAACGUCGGGGAGGAGGCGGAGAAACCGCGAGAGCAAGCAGAUGGGGAGCGCGUUGGGGGGGGCGAGGGCGUGGGAGAGGCGGCGAAGGAGGAGGGUAGCAAGGGGGAAGGGGAAGGGGGCGGGAGAUGUUGCUGUGUGGCUUGCCCGACUCUGUUCCGUGAACUCGUUCGCCGCUACCCCCACAUGGACGUGCAUCUGCUGGAGUACGACCCGCGCUUUGCCGCCUUCGCGCACCGCUUCUCCCGCUACGACUACCGCCGGCCGCUGGACGUGCCGAGCUCGCUGCACCACCAGUUCGACGUCGUUGUCGCUGACCCCCCGUACCUGAGCGAGGAGUGCCUGGAGAAGACAGCACAGACCAUGAACCUGCUGGCCAAGCCCUCCAACUCCAACGACACCCCACCACGUCUCCUCCUCCUCACAGGCGCAGUGCAGGCGGACGCAGCGCGGCGGCUGCUGCAGCUGCGGCCGUGCGUGUUCCGCCCGGAGCACCGCAACAAGCUCGGCAACGACUUCCGCCUCUUCACCUCCUACCCGCCCCCGGAUGACACCCUUGGCGGGUGGGAGCCGGAGUCGGAGAGCUAGCUAGCUGCCGUGGUAACUUGGUAAUGCUGAGGCUGAAUAGAAGAGUAGGUAUCCGCGACCAACAUGGAAGGUUGACUUGACCGUGCGUGGAUGUGAGAGAGUUUGCUAUGUGGGAUGGUUUCAAUGUAGGGUUGCUGGAAACGUUCGGAACUGCAAGAUGUUAGUGAAUGCAAA